CGUUGUAAUGUGCAGUUCUUUCAUGUAUAUCUUUGUAAAUCUUAUCAUAUUUUCAUAAUUUUGUCCAAAAACAAGAUUCCUGAAUCACUGCACUUAUGCUGCCUUGAGAUUAACAUAAUGGGCGAAUUGAUGAACACCUCCAGCCUGAACGAAUCAGAAGACUGCUACCCAUCUGCAUAUCCCGAGAAGACGGUAUUUGUAGCCCUGCAUCUGGCUGUGAUCGUGAUCGGCAUCCCAUCCAAUGUCUUCUUCCUGUUUGUGUCGUAUCGGCUCAUCCGUCAGAAGAACGAGCUGGGUGUCUAUCUGUUUAACCUGGCUCUCUCGGACCUCUUGUUUAUCACGUGCUUACCAGUGUGGGUUCGAGUCACUCUUUACGACGAGUGGCCUUACGGGAAGACGAUGUGUGUCAUUUGUGUUUUCCUGCUCUUCACGAACUUCUACACCAGCGCUAUGCUUCUGAGCUGCAUUGCGGUGGAUCGCUACUUAGCCAUCGUUCACCCGCUCAAAUUUUGCACUUUUAGAAAACGCAAGACUGCGGUCAGCGUGAGCAUUGCUGCUUGGAUUUUUACUGUCAUAUUCAACGCAAUGACCGUGCAUCCAGACAGUGUCUACGAUGAGAAGUACUCAAUCUGCUUGGAUGUAUUUCCUUUGCCCACAGCUCAAAAAUUGGUCAACAUUGCUCGUUUUGUAGUAGGCUUCCUCAUUCCCGCAUUGGUGGUGGGUUUCUGUUACUGGCGGAUAUGUUCGGACGUGAAGAGAAACCAAACGCUUGUGUCAAUGGAGCGCCGGCACGUCUUCAGGCUUCUUGGAAGCAUUUUGUUGACCCUCUAUUUGUGUUUCGGACCUGUACACAUCAUGAUGGUUUUGAGGGUUUUUCUGGAGGAUUGUCCGUAUCCCAACUGGCUCUUCUUCGGAUAUAAGGUCAGCGUCUUCCUCACGACGCUCAACUGCCUGGCCGAUCCACUUCUGUACUGCUUCAUGAGCAGAACUGGUCAAGCCAGCGCUUCAAAUGUGUUACUUAUCCUCAGGAGAACGUGGAAGAAAGAGUGUCAAAAAGAGACGGAACAACAAAACAACAAAAUUCUUGGAAAUGGUACUGUUCCAAUCACAAAAGCACCCUUUAGGGUUGAAUUCAGCACUGACCGCUUGUGAUUGGAUCAUGUUGAUGUUUAUAUAUGCUACACUGUAUUAAAAAAAAGCUUUACAACUUUACAAGCUGUACCUUCAAACACAAACUGUCUGGCUUAAGCUCAUUUGUCUAAAACAGCCAGGUUGUACAAUGUUCAAACAAACUCUUCCUUUAUUAAAAAUCACUGAAAGAAACGAUAAGACCUUUUUAAUAAAGGAAAAGAUGACAUUUAAACACAAAGACUGAUCCAUGGACUGUCUGUCAGCAUCGAGACAGCGUACACUUACGAAAAGCCUUGCUUUUUUGAGAAAUGAGAACAGCGUUGCAUCAUCAUUUCCUGUUAUAUAGUCCAGAACAGGCACCAGAUCACACUCACCAGUUUCAUUUUCACACUCUCUUCUUCCCUUAUA